CGCUAUCCUUAAAGGGGGGAGGAGCACGUAUUUGGCGUAAGUAGAGUGUAGGCCCUUCCCGCCAUUGGCGGCGGUUAGGACGUUUACGUAACGGCCUGACGUAAGCGGAGACGCGUUAGUCGGGGGAAGGUUCUAGAAAAGCGGCGGUCUCGGCUCCAGCGGCAGUAGCAGCGGCGCCGGUCCCGUGUGCGGGUGUUCCUCGCGGCGCAGUUUCUUGGCCAUCGACUGCUCUCCCCCAACAGCGGCAGGACGAGUCCCGUGCGUGUCCGUCCGCGGAGGUCUUUCUCAUCUCGCUCGGCUGCGGGAAAUCGGGCUGAAGCGACUGAGUCUGCGAUGGAGAAAACUUUAGAAACUGUUCCUUUGGAGAGGAAAAAGAGAGAAAAGGAACAGUUCCGUAAGCUCUUUAUUGGUGGCUUAAGCUUUGAAACCACAGAAGAAAGUUUGAAAAACUACUACGAGCAAUGGGGAAAGCUCACAGACUGUGUGGUUAUGAGGGAUCCUGCAAGCAAAAGAUCAAGAGGAUUUGGCUUUGUAACUUUUUCAUCCAUGGCCGAAGUUGAUGCUGCCAUGGCUGCAAGGCCUCAUUCCAUUGAUGGCAGGGUAGUUGAGCCAAAACGUGCUGUAGCAAGAGAGGAGUCUGGAAAACCAGGAGCCCACGUGACUGUGAAGAAGCUGUUUGUUGGUGGAAUUAAGGAAGAUACUGAGGAACACCACCUUAGAGAUUACUUUGAAGAAUAUGGAAAAAUUGAUACUAUUGAAAUAAUUACUGAUAGGCAGUCUGGAAAGAAAAGAGGCUUUGGCUUUGUUACUUUUGAUGACCAUGAUCCUGUGGAUAAAAUAGUCUUGCAAAAAUACCACACCAUAAAUGGUCACAAUGCAGAAGUUAGAAAGGCAUUGUCUAGACAAGAAAUGCAGGAAGUCCAAAGUUCAAGGAGUGGAAGAGGAGGAAACUUUGGCUUUGGGGAUUCUCGUGGUGGCGGUGGCAAUUUUGGACCAGGACCAGGAAGCAACUUUAGGGGGGGAUCUGAUGGAUACGGAAGUGGACGUGGAUUUGGGGAUGGCUAUAAUGGGUAUGGAGGAGGACCUGGAGGUGGCAAUUUUGGAGGUAGCCCUGGUUAUGGAGGAGGAAGAGGAGGAUAUGGUGGUGGAGGACCUGGAUAUGGCAACCAGGGUGGGGGCUACGGAGGUGGUUAUGACAACUAUGGAGGAGGAAAUUAUGGAAGUGGAAGUUACAAUGAUUUUGGAAAUUAUAACCAGCAACCUUCUAACUAUGGCCCAAUGAAGAGUGGAAACUUUGGUGGUAGCAGGAACAUGGGAGGACCAUAUGGUGGAGGGAACUAUGGUCCUGGAGGAAGUGGAGGAAGUGGGGGCUAUGGAGGAAGGAGCCGAUAUUGAGCUUCUUCCUACUUACCAUGGGCUUCACUGUAUAAAUAGGAGAGGAUGAGAGCCCAGAGGUAACAGAACAGCUUCAGGUUAUCGAAAUAACAAUGUUAAGGAAACUCUUAUCUCAGUCAUGCAUAAAUAUGCAGUGAUAUGGCAGAAGACACCAGAGCAGAUGCAGAGAGCCAUUUUGUGAAUGGAUUGGAUUAUUUAAUAACAUUACCUUACUGUGGAGGAAGGAUUGUAAAAAAAAUGCCUUUGAGACAGUUUCUUAGCUUUUUAAUUGUUGUUUCUUUCUAGUGGUCUUUGUAAGAGUGUAGAAGCAUUCCUUCUUUGAUAAUGUUAAAUUUGUAAGUUUCAGGUGACAUGUGAAACCUUUUUUAAGAUUUUUCUCAAAAGUUUUGAAAAGCUAUUAGCCAGGAUCAUGGUGUAAUAAGACAUAACGUUUUUCCUUUAAAAAUUUAAGUGCGUGUGUAGAGUUAAGAAGCUGUUGUACAUUUAUGAUUUAAUAAAAUAAUUCUAAAGGAAAUUGUGUAAUUAUAGACUUUUUAUUUUAAAUAAGUUAAGGAGUGGGUAGUAUAAUUAAGGUCCAUUGCAAAGCUGUUGUUGUAUUUGUGUAAGAUAAAAAAUGCUGGUCAGAUUUAAGUGUGUUGUCUGAAAUUCAUCAGGAAUAAAUUACCUAGUUAACUUAAGGGAUAUCUCUGCAAGGAGAAACACCUUUUUAGAUCUUUUAGAUGCUGCUUCUUCAAUGCAAGGAAAGGAAAUAACCCCAGCGAGGUACUCUUCAGGGACACAGGUCUAGUACAAGAGAACUCUUGACGACUAAUCUCAGCCAGUCUUAAAAAACUGUGCUGUAUCUACAAAGCUUUAACUACAGUAGUUGAUAAGGAUGCCAACGAAAGCUGAGGGUGUAGAGCAAAGUAGUUCUAAGCUUCAGUUAAACUUCUUUAGGUAAGAACUUAUUUACUUUUUCUUUCUUAAUUUUCCUCCCUUAAAAGAUAAACUAAUAAACUCUUCAAUGGUCUUUUCAGUAUAGUUCUUAUGUAGUUUAACAUAGCUUAUAAAUUGAGUUUAACAAUAAACUCAAGAAGAUAAUUUUAUAAACCCUGUUUUCCAAUCUGUCAUUUACUUAAAUUAUUUUGGUUGUUUUCCCUUUUUUCCUUCUUUCUCACCCCCUCCCUUUCCAUGAAGAUUCAGGUGCUUAACAUAUCAUUUUUUUCCCUGCUGGAAUUUUAGCAUUGAUAUGAACCAUGGACACAAGUAUAUUCUGCUGCCACAAAGACUGUAAAGUGCUUCAUUUCAACAGCUGAGGCAAGCCAAGUGAUCAUUAAUAAAGCUUUUCUUGCUUCCUUCAGUGGUGUUGGUAGUAAAAUGGUAGGUAAAAGUUAGGCUGCAAAUUCAAUAAAUGAGAUUUACCUAUCAUUCCACCCUUGUGUAUUCAUUCACCUAUCCUGGUUCAAGCAGUUUGAGUCAACUAGGCAUUGUGUUUAUUACUUUAUGGUUACAACUAUACGUGCUUAUCAGGGAUGAGUCUGACAGGUUAAAGAUAGUGUCUUCUACAGUAGAAAUUUCUGUGCAACAGCAGCAGCAAAACCCUUUAUGUACCCUAUACUAAAUAAUUGGGUUAAAAUGUGGUAGUAAUUUUAGCCCAUUGUCCUGCCCUAAAAUGCCUACAGGUUGGCUAUUGAGAUUUCCUAAAAUAGCCCUCUGAUUUCUAGGCUUUAUUGCCUUUUCAGAAAUGUGAUAUUCAGAGCUUACUAUACACAUCAGUGAGUCUACUUUAAUCCUAAAACCACCACUGAAGUUACUUAGGUUCUUUGGACAAACAUGAUAAACUUCUUCAGAUACUUUUUUUUUCCUUUGGCAGGAAGGUGUCUUGCUGCAGGUAACUAAUGAAGAAGUGGUCAACCACAGAGUCUUCAAGAAAUAAGAAAUUCUGUACCAUCUGAAAGUAGUUCUUGUUGGUGCCUUCAUUUAAGAAGCACUUUUAAGAUUAAAGGGAAUGUUUUUGAUUUUAAAACUUCAUUUAGUACAGGUUCUUAAUAAAAUUACAAAAAUGAGUGCUGAUUGUAAAGGGUAAACAUCAACUCAGCAAAGGAUGAUGUAUUGUUUUAAAUUAGGACUUGUGAGUAGACAGAUAAAAGCUCUAUUUUAAAUAUAAGUUUUAUAAAAUAAAUACUUUUGUAUC